AUGAUGUGUCCGUCAGCUUUUCUAUUGCUCUUCUUGUUCUGUUUUAUAUCGGCGGCGAAUGCUAAAAACCUUGCAAGAAAUUCCAAUGCUGCAACACAGAAACAAAUGGAAAAAUUAAAUAGAGGGUUAGUAGCAGUACGAACGAGCAACAACCAAGUAUAUAUUAGCUGGCGUUUGUUUGGUACUGAUCCACCGACUAUAGCCUUCGUUUUAUAUAGAGGUCAAACGAUCAUUACACCAAUACCUUUAAUCGAUCGUACUAACUUUGUUGAUUACACCAGCACUAACGAUAUAUAUACAAUAAGGUCAACUCUAAAUGGUGUAGAACAAGCAUAUUCAGAAUCAGCAAUGGUCUGGUCACAUCAAUAUCUUACUAUACCGUUGCAAAUUCCAGUAGGUGGAACAACUCCCGAUGGUGUUGUGUACACCUACAACGCCAAUGAUUGCAGUGUAGGUGAUCUCGAUGGAGAUGGUGAAUAUGAAAUUGUUCUUAAAUGGGAUCCAUCAAAUUCUCAUGAUAAUGCACAUUCUGGAUACACAGGUAAUGUUUAUUUGGAUGCUUACAAGUUGAAUGGUACACACUUAUGGAGAAUUGAUCUUGGAAAGAAUAUUCGUGCUGGUGCUCAUUAUACUCAAUUCAUAGUUUAUGAUUUAGACGGAGAUGGAAAAGCUGAAGUGGCAUGUAAAACUGCUGACGGAACGAAAGAUGGAGGAAAUGUCGUCAUUGGCAAUCCAAAUGCAGACCACCGAAACUCUAACGGCUAUAUCCUCACUGGUCCAGAAUACUUAACUGUAUUUAAUGGUCAGUCAGGUAGAGCGAUGGCCACGACUGAUUUUGUACCUGCUCGUGGUAGUGUAACUUCAUGGGGUGAUAACUAUGGAAAUCGUGUUGACCGCUUUGUUGCAGCUGUUGCAUAUGUAGAUGGUAGAAGACCAAGUUUAAUUAUGGGACGAGGAUAUUAUACUCGAUUAGUUCGAACAGCUUGGGAUUGGAGAAAUGGAAACCUAACACGUCGUUGGACAUUUGAUAGUUCAUCAUCAACGCCUGGAAAUAGUCUGUAUGCAGGUCAAGGAAAUCAUCAGAUGACAGUUGGAGAUGUAGACGGAGAUGGAAAAGAUGAAAUAUGUAAUGGUGCAAGUGCUGUAGAUGAUAAUGGUAGAGGAUUAUAUACGAAUAGUAAGGGACACGGUGACGCUCUUCAUAUGACGGAUAUAGAUCCUGAUAGACCAGGACAAGAAGUAUGGCAAUGUUAUGAAGAUCGAAAAUCUUAUGGACAACAUGGGUUAGCGUUACAUGAUGGUAAAACUGGUCAGGUUCUUUGGGGAGUUUCGACUACAGGAGACAUAGGUAGGGCUAUGGCUGCCGAUAUAGAUCCUCGCUAUAAAGGCCUAGAAGUUUGGGGAGCAUCUGGUGGUUUGUAUGAUUGCAAAGGUAUUCAAAUUGCAGCAAAUCGACCUUCGAUGAAUUUUGGUAUAUGGUGGGAUGGUGAUCUAUCACGAGAACUUUUGGAUGGAACAAAGUUAGAUAAAUGGGAUUAUUCUCGAAAUACAACAAGUCGCUUAUUUACUUUCUAUCAGCACGCUGGUGCUACCGACAGCAAUGGUAGUAAAGCAAAUCCAGCAUUGGUCGCGGAUCUACUAGGUGAUUGGCGAGAAGAGGCUAUCUAUAGAAGUCAUGACAAUACGAAACUAUUAUUAUUCACUACAGUCAUACCCACCAACACCCGUAUCUACACAUUGAUGCAUGAUCCACAAUAUCGAGUCGCCAUAGCUUGGCAAAAUUCUGCUUACAAUCAACCACCUCAUCCAGGAUUUUAUCUCGGAACGAACAUGUCAACACCAUAUCAACCCAACAUAGUGUUGGUUUAA